AUGGAGGAUUACAUUCGAAAGGAAAAGUCUAGUGUUCUGGGACACACCAUAUGUAAAGCUAAUCACACUUCUAGCGCUGGAGGAGACGAUUAUAAAGCGUUUGUAAGAAGGAUUGAAAAACUUCUUACUGUGGUUAAAACAACAAAAGAAGAAAUUGAUAACAAUGGAAAAGAAAUAGCUACAUCUUACACCGACGCGAUUAAUGAUAUAAGAAAAUAUCGUGAAGAUAUUGAUUCAUAUUUAAAUGCAAUGGAACAUCGUUUGUUAGAAAGGUGUCACGAGAUUAAUAAGGAAAAUGAGAAGGCGAUAAAGAAAUUAGAUAGUGAAUUUAAAGCAAUGAAGUAUGAACUAGAUACUGUAUAUUCUCGACUGAAAUCACACGGGAGGCAGUCGGGCGACAUGGUCUUGGUAGCGAAUAAAACAAGUUCCACUUUGAAGAGUAUUGUUCAAGAUCUAAAGGCUGAUAAUGGCGAAACUAAGCUCCAGCUGUGUUUAUUUAAAAGAAGCAAAACUAUCAGAGAUAUGAUAUCAUCAGACCGAGCUAUAGGAAAAUUAGAAAUCACGCUUACCCAUCCUUCAUUUCAAGAAGAUAAAAAGAAUUUAUAUGACAUGGUUUCUAAUAAUAAAGGAGAGAUCAAUGUGAAGUCUAAAACAGACAAAAAAGAUUGUUACAUUACGAGCAUUAUUGUCAUUUCUAGUGACACGAUUGCUUGUGCCGACUGGGCCAACAAUUCGGUGAAAUUGGUUGAAACUAAAACCGGAAAAGUUACCUCAGAAAUUCAUCUAUCAUCUCAGCCAUGGGACCUUACUUCCAUUUCUGACGAUCAGUUGGCAGUCACAGUAACCAGCGAGAAUAAGAUUCAGUAUUUACACAAUAGGAGCGGUCUGUCAAAAAGCAACAGUAUUGACGUUGUAGGCAGAUGUCGAGGAAUUGCUUAUAACAAGGAAAAUCUUGUUGUUUCGUACGAUGACCCCUCGAAAGUGGAGAUUUUGAACAUGUACGGAAAGGUUUUGCGAUGCCUGAAGACUGACACAUCUGGAAAUGCGCUGUUUGAACGUCCGUACUAUGUGGUAGCAAGUGCUGAUGGAGAGAGUGUUUAUGUCUCCGAUAAUGAAAAACAUUCUGUAACUAGACUGACAUUUGAUGGUGAAAUGCUCGGUACGUACAAGGACACAGAACUGCGGUGUCCCAGAGGUCUGGUUGUUUGCCGAGACGGUUCCCUCCUCGUGUGUAGCUCCCAUGGUCAUAGCGUGCAUCUGAUCUCCUCAGAAUGUAACAAACUGAAGGUUAUGCUGCGAAGAAAGGAAGGUGGCGAGUUCUGCCAAGCUAUUUGCUAUUUUGAUGCAGCAGACAAGCUGUACCUUAGUAAUUUUACGUUAAGCGAUCAGAUACGUGUAUAUAAGUUCACAUAA